GAUCUGUAGUUAAUCCGACAGGGAUUGGUUUUGAAGUCAAGCGGAGUGGAGAAAGAUGAGUGGUGAGGAAUGACGGAGUUCACUGGUUUACCUCCGAAAACACCGACUUUAGACGAGGUUAUUUUGCAGACGGAGGCACUAAAAGGAUUAUAGAGACGUGUUUUGACAUGAGUGACAAACUUUAGAGGUGAGUUUUUUUGGGGGGGAGACGCAGAGGUUGACGGGGCAGUCCGCCGAGGGCUCAACAUGGAUGUCCGGGGAGCAACGGUGCGGCUCUGAGGAGGAAUUAAGGGCCGUUUCUGGGUUAACGUUAUUUCUGGUCGUGAGACGGUGUUUAGGGGGAUUUUAAAGCUGCAGCGUAUUAACCAGUUACAGGCUUUAUAACCAAGUGGAUCUGUGAAUUGUUGAGGCUAUUAGCAAAGAUGUUGAGACUGUGGAGGCGAGACGUGCCGCUCUCAGAGAGGCUGGGGGAGGACUCUCCUCUGGCCGCAGCACCCGGCCCCCCACCAACAGUGGCCCCGACGGGCCCCAACAUUUCAUGGCUCCCUGAAGCCCCACUGCUGAGCCAAGACCAGCCUAUCUUCCUCAUGACUCCCGCGGCUCAAGCUGUGUCAGGCUUCUUCGUCUGGACCGCACUCAUCCUCACAUGCCACCAGAUCUACAUGCACCUACGUUUCUACAGCUCGCCCAGGGAGCAGCGUCAUAUUGUUCGGAUCCUCUUCAUUGUUCCCAUCUACGCCUUCGACUCCUGGCUCAGCCUCCUGUUUUUCACCAACGACCAGUACUACGUGUACUUUGACACCAUCAGGGACUGUUAUGAGGCGUUCGUCAUUUACAACUUCCUCAGUCUGUGCUAUGAAUACCUGGGAGGAGAGAGCGCCAUCAUGGCUGAAAUCAGAGGGAAACCCAUCGAAUCUAGCUGUAUGUAUGGUACCUGCUGUCUGAGGGGAAAGGCCUACUCCAUUGGCUUCCUGCGGUUCUGUAAGCAGGCAACUCUUCAGUUCUGCGUGGUCAAACCGCUCAUGGCCAUCAUCACAGUCAUCCUGCAGGCCUACGGCAAAUACAAGGAUGGAGACUUUAAUGUUGCCGGCGGUUACCUCUACGUGACCAUCAUCUACAACAUCUCGGUCAGCUUGUCUCUGUACGCCCUCUUCCUCUUCUACUUCUCCACCAGGGAGCUGCUCAGCCCCUACAGCCCCAUGCUCAAGUUCCUGAUGGUCAAGUCGGUCAUCUUCCUCUCCUUCUGGCAGGGCAUGCUGCUCGCCAUCCUAGAGAAGUGCGGCGCCAUCCCCCAGAUUAACUCAGUGGAGGUGUCCGUCGGCGAGGGGACGGUCGCCGCUGGGUACCAGAACUUCAUCAUAUGCAUCGAGAUGUUUUUCGCGGCGUUGGCUCUGCGCCACGCUUUCACAUACAGAGUCUACAUGGACAAGAGUCUGGACUCACAUGGCCGCUGUGCCCCCAUGAAAAGCAUCUCCAGCAGCCUGAAGGAGACCAUGAACCCGGGCGACAUGGUCCAGGAUGCCAUCCACAACUUCUCUCCGGCCUACCAGCAAUAUACCCAGCAGUCUACGCUGGAGCAGGGGGCGCCUCAGCCCGUCUGCCGCAGCCACAGCACCGUCAGUGGCCGAGGCGACACGGAGAAGACCCUCCUGCUCAGCUCCGACGACGAGUUCUAGGGCCGGAAACGCUCCCAGCUGAAUCAGAUUCAGACUGUUUUAACAGAGGAUUCAUCCUCCUGUUUUUAAGACUGAUGUUCAGUAAGAGAAAAAACAUUUCCCAGGCAUCUUAUUUGAGCCUUUUUGGUGUUAAAACCACAAAAUGAAAAGGGUUGUGUCUGUUUUUGGAAAGUCUGUUAGUCACAUUUGUACAAACUGAGUCAUACUUGACUUUUGGAACACAAGUUUUCCAGCUUGGUGAAAAGCUUCAUUUCUCAUUGCAGCUCAGUCAUGUUUCCUCGGCUCCAGUGUGUUUGUCAGUGAACCUGUUCUAAUGGAUGUUGUUAUUUUGUUCUGCUUCUGGAGUGGUUUGCAUUUGAAUGCCUUGUUGUUUUCAGAACAUCUUGGCUGUGUUUUUCCAAGAUUUCCCCAGUCAUAAAAACCCUUAGGUUGAAUUUUAAUCAUUGUUUUUCCAUGACUGGAAAUGGUAAUAUCCUUGUUACAAGUUCUGAACUUUUAAUUUGUAGACUUGAAACUAAUAUUUAGAGAUCUGCGAGUACAUUUAUCUGCUUCAAACAGAAGCUGUUUUCAGUAUCGUCUCAGUGAUCAAAUGUGUUAGAGUUAUGGAAAAUAUAUGUGCAGAUCAACUGUAAGCGAACUCGGGUGGGGUGGGGGGACCCAGGUGUGUUGUGGGAUAUUAAGGGACAUCCCUCAUUGCAGUGUGGGUGCCAGAUUUAAAGGGAAGCCAAUCCAACAACGAGUUCAAGCCAGUCAUAUGGAUCGAUGUUAUUGAUAUUACAGAAGAGAGCGGCAGGGCAGAUUCUACAUCAUACAGUACGUCUGCUCCACAGUACACAACAGGAGUGAGGGGCGGCAGAGCUGCCCAGGAUUACACUGGUGUAAUUGGGGCGUUAUUUGAAAGGAUUGGAUUAAAGCUCGAGCUGGUGGACCGCUGCAGACCACAAUGUAGGUUAACUGGGUUGACGGAAAAAGCAGAAGAGGAAUAUAGGUUAAAGCUAACUUUAGAGGCGUGUUCUCAGUAGGGGUGCUCUAUCAUAGGAAUUAAACCUGUCCGCAGUUAAAGCCAGAGAGUUAAAGUCGAAGUGAAAUUUAAAUCCUGUCACUGUUUGUGCAAGGAAACAAUCAAGCUAUUGUGCAGAGUCUUUCUGUUUCACUGAAGAGAAUAAACACAUUUUGAGGUGUAUUUGUGGAAACCGCCAUUUUGGUUUCCCUCGGGGUGGGCAUUUCCCUUGGCAACUGACAGCUGACACUGGUUAUCAGUCGUCUUAGAUCAAUUAAUUAAACUUUUGUUUCUUUUGAUAUGUUUUGAGCAAAGAAGUGCCCACGUUAAGAAAAUACUUAAAGAUGUAUAGAUCAGCUGAUGUCUCUCAAGUUUAUUUUCAGUUCGACCUGUUUUGAGUUGACUUUCUCCACCCGUCUUCACACCCUGAUGUUCCUGAUUUGCUCCAACGUAAGAAUAACUAAUAUCCGUCCAAACCGAGUGAGUUUUUUUGCGUUUGCCCUGACACACCCGCUGUUCCGACUUCUAUGUCAGGUUUCAGUAGGCUAUUGUCAGUUCUUUUUUUGCUUGUGUGGACUUGACUACACAUUGUUGACGUCAAUCAGUUGUUAUCCAGAGACAUAGUUUAAUCGAAAGCUAAAAAGAGCCCAUCACAGACUGAAUAUUAGCACGGUGAUAUGGGAAAAACAUUUGCAUUUCAUGUAUUGACAAAAGACAAGUCAAUAUUCUCUCAGUUAAAAAGAACAUGUUCUGCGUAGAAUCUUGUCACGGUUGCGUUUCCUUGACUUAACUGCUGUCCUGUUCUUCCAGGCAGUCUUUUUUUGGGCCGAGGGGUUAUUUUGUCCACAUAAUUGAAGUUCUUGAGUCACCCCAGUGAGUCAUGCUGAGUCUGACCAUGUGUUUACUGUAACUACUUUCACUGCUCUGCUGUAGCUCUGCGCAAACACCAGGGGGCUGUGUGGAGGGGACACGUUCACCGUCUUAUCUACACACAGACAGGCAGUUAUCACCCACUUGUAGCUUGGUACAGUUGUAACAGAAAAAAUAGGCUUUGUCUGAGAAACAGUCUCUGUGUUUUGUCUGUGUUGUUUCUUUGGAAAAAUAGAUGCGAGCCCCAGCCCCCAGACUGUGGUCAGAAGCCACGUCUGUCCACAGGAGCAGGCGUUUAUUUUUGGGGGCCUUGCUGAGAGCUGUCUGGCUUACUGUUUUGCUACUCUUUCAGUGGAUCUAAACUGGAUUAUUCUAACCAUGACUGAGCUUUAUCCAGCUUCACAUGGAACCAUGUACUCCUAUAUAAAGGCCACCGAUUCGGGUCAUUGUGCAACAUUUACAGAACACUGUAUGUGCGACGUUUAACCGUGAAUAAACGCAGCAUCACCUGGAUUGUUUGAAUCAUUUUCAUCAAUUUACAGUUUGCAAGGCGAAGACAACGUACCACACUUUGGAUGCCAUCAUUCAUUUUCAGAAAACACUAUCAUCCUCUUUCUCUACAUCUUUGUCAUUUGGUGACGUGUGAGACAGGGUUUCUGCUUGUGAGACGUAAAUGAUAUGUAGCGGAGAGGAAACACUGUAGACUCAUGUUGUAAAUAAAGUCUACUGGAGGAGCCGUAGCCAUGUGUGUUGAAAUAGUCCUAAAUGCUGUAAAGGAGGAGCACAGGAGAGAGAAAAAGGCCUAGUUUUCUAUUUUUUCAUUCAUUUUCAUUUUUUUUUUUAUUAUUUCAGUGAUGUUUUUGUUUUCAAUUCUUUGUAUAUAAUGAAGCUGCUCAUGAUGCUACUACUUCAUGUCAAAUGGAUCUUAAGAAAUAAAAAAGAUACUUAGUCUGA